AUGAACCGGAUCACAGUGUACGAGCAUGCCAACUUUGAGGGGCUGAGCCGGGAGUUCACCUGCGACGUGCCCGACCUGCACGAGCUGGAUUUUGGGGACUGCAUCGCCUCCCUGAAGGUAGUGGGGCAGCCCUGGAUCGCCUACACGGACCCCAAGUACGAAGGGGAGCCGCACGCCUUUGAGGAGGGCGAGUACCCCUCCGUGGGGCGGCCCAACAGCUUCUCGGCGCUGCGUCUCGUGCACCAUGACCUGGGGGACCCCCAGAUCACCCUCUACGAGCAACCCAACUUCCAAGGCGCCUGCAAGGUGGUGACAGAGGAGACCAACUUGGCAUAUGGGUACUUCAAUGACCGGGUGGCCUCUCACAUAGUGCAGCGAGGGGUCUGGCUGCUCUACCAGCACCCCGGUCGUGGUGGCUGGCACUGCCUGGCAUGGCCCGGCGAGCGUCUCGCUGACUACAAACUCGAGCUGAACUUCCAGGCUCGGCUGUCCCACCUGCGCCCACUGCGGCCCGGGCGGCCCCUGGUCUCGGCGCAUCUCCUCUGGGAGCAGAAGCGGGUGGAGGCAGAGCGGGAGGUGCUGGUGGAUGAGAUCGAAGGGGUGAACGAGACGGAGUCAGAGCAGGCACUGGCAGCCAGCAGCAGCCGGGAGUACGGCACCACGCUCUGGCAGAGCUUCCACUUCAGCAACGCCACCAGCCUCAAAGCCGGGCUCUCCUUCACGCUGACCGUGGAAGCCUCCAACAUCUUUACAGUGCAGAAAGGGCGCAGUGAAUCCAGCACCCGCCGGGAACGCGUGGAGGUGCAGCUGCCAGCUAAGAUCCCCCCACGCACGGCGCUCAGCAUCCAGGUCUUGCGGAAGGAGGUGACGCUCUCCGUCCCGGUCCUGCUCACCAUCACCCAGAACGAAGCCGUUCGUACGGAGAUGGGCGAGUACCGCAGCGUUUCGGGUACCAACAUCAGUGCCCGCUAUAGCUUGAAGCCUCUGCCAGCUGCAGGCAGGGAGCAAGCAGCCACUGAGGGGACGGAGCCGGUGCCCGGCACCGGGAUGGAUCUGUAA